AUGAAAAUUAAUCCUAAUCAUUUGGAGAUGUAUUCAAUCCACGAAAGAAGCAAAACACUAAUUGAUGAUUCCUUAACAAGCCUGCUUCCAUCACCAAGAAGAGAAUUAAAAAAGCUUAAUAUUGAGAUACCACUGAGCAUUCAUUGUGAUGCAAAAGUUGGGCCAAGCUCUAAAGACAUUUUGAGAUCUCCUAGCUCUGAUAAUGAAAAGUCGUUUCAAUUGCCUAACUCCCACCUUUGAAAUUGGAAAAAUAUUGGCAAAAUUCCAAUUUUUGGUACAUUAACAUAUUGAAUAAACAAAAUUUUGAAAAAAAUAUAGGCAAAAUACUUAUUCUGUAUUACUUUCUUUGAAUUAAUUUAUAAUUUGUAGCUUAGAUUUACCCUUGAUCACAUUUCAGCAUUUCCCCUUUUUCGCAAAAUAUACUUAAGCCCUAAAAAAAUAAAUUCCAAACUUUAAUAAGACUCCAGAGAACAAUACUCUACAAGUACAUCCCUCAUAAAUCCAUCAAUCGUUUUUUUUGGAUCCUUCAAUGCAUCAGCAAAUGCUCUACAAGAACUUCUACGACUUUUGAUACUACAAAAUCUCUUAUUAGGAUAAUUAUUCCUUACUUUGGCGCGAAAAUGCCAUUAUUUGCGCGAUAGUUAUGCUUUGAUUUAAUUUAAACAAGUAAUGCGAGCAAAAUAUUAUUUAAACAGUUAGUGCAUUGGUAUAUUAAUUUUUUAAUUAAGUUUUCAUAAAAAUAAAUUCCUUCUUUAUAUUGAAAGAAAAAUUUUCCAAUUUAAGGGGAGUAAGCUAACUCCAAAAGUAGGCGCUUCAUAUCAAAAUCCCAACAUAAGAUUUCCUAGCCCUAAAAGAAUUUUAAAAUCAGAGCUCAGAUGCUAUAAUCAGCCUACCUAUAGAUCAAUUCUAAGUCCUGAGAAAGCUUCCAAAUAUAUUGGACUUAAUAAAACAAAAGAAACUCUAAGAAUAAGGGUAAGAGGUUUAGCAAAAGGGCCAACCUAUGGAGGCUUUUAUUCAGAAGAUAAUUCCUUGUUAAAGUAUAUUGAUAGAAUUCAAAGAAGUUUAUAA